CAUAUUUCAGUUGAACGAGCAGGUUGUAGUAGGGGAAAAGCUUUGACUUUAAACUAAACUUAGUUUAAUAUUUUAGUUGUUUUUCUUCUGAUUUAGCCCAUCAGGGGCUUGGAAUAGUUAUCAUCUCUUAAAUUUAAGAGUAUUUCGAUGAAGAACGGUUUAGAAGCGGCUGGAAGAGCGGUAAUAGAUAUGGAAACCCAAGGAGACGAUAUGGAGCCAGAUGGGCAUGAAGGAGACGACGAGAGAACUAGUGGUCCGAGUGGUUCGGAAAUGGCAGAGAAGGACAUAGAAGUUAAAAUACAAGAUAAAAAGGUUGAUACUACAAGUGCUGCUGCUGGAAAUGCAGAUAUUUCUGAAGUUAAACCUAUGCGGAUUCAGAAAAAACAUCGGAGGGGCUCGCGCAAAAAUCGGAAAAAAUACAAACCUUACUCGAAGAUGACUUGGGACGAGAAAAAAGCAAGACUCGAGCUGGAUGCAAAGAAAGCUAAUAAGGUGAGAGAGAAGUACACACACGAGAAGGGAAGACCCAAUGCUCCAUAUAAUACUACGCAGUUUUUGAUGGACGAACAUGAUCAAGAAGAACCAGACAUAGGAAACCACGCACAUAUGCAGUCGGACGGGGAAGCUGAAGACGAUGAUUGCGACUCGCGAUCAACCGAACGAAGAAGACUUGAUUCACAAUCCUUUGACGAUCCGGAAUUAGGAGACUAUAAUGAAUCUCCAGAGGAUGAGAUUUAUGAACAAGAGUUCUUUCAAAAGGAUUUUACAGAGGCGUAUGAGCAGUGUCAUGCGGAGAGUUUAUACUCCAUGAAAAAGGAUGAACUCGUUCGCGAGUGUAUGUCGCUAGAAGAACGAGUAGAAGCAUUAGAAAGAAAGUUACGUGAAGUUGGUGCUUUGGACAACCAAGACAGAUUAAGGGAUUCAUCUUUAGAGGACCUUCCUUACAGAUUUAAUGGUGAUAAUCUUAAUACGGACGAUAGUAGUAGUAGCAGUAAUUCUAGCGAAGAUCUUAUACGAACCUUACGUACUGAACUCAACAGACUAAAGACUGAAAACGAGAAACUUCAGCAUUCAAAAACUGUACAACCCGCUGUCUGUACGAGUGAAUAACAGCUAAACCUAUUAGAAUAUAGAUUCUUAUAUUGUAAAUAGAAUAAUAUCUUCACUCGGUCUCAUUUUAGAGAUGAUAGAACUUGCGUAGGUAAAUCUGUGUGUAGUAAAUCCUUGAUCACACGUAGUAUUUCUAUGCCCGAUCGCGUACGUACGUUUUAGUAACUUAUAGCUUUUCCUUGUCCUAUUUAUUCUACAAGAAUAGAUACUAACAAAGAUGAAAGCCAUAGGUAUCGUCUAAAUAAAAAACCUUAUCGCUAA